GGAGAUUAAAGAGGAGGAACAUCAUGUCAAAAUUGAUGAAAAUGAUUUACAGACUGAUGGUAUUUUGAAAAGGAGAGACAAGAAUCGCUUCACCUGCACUCAGUGUGGAAAGAGUUUGGCUAGACAAAGCAGUCUUAAGAUUCACAUGAUGAUCCAUACUGGAGAGAAACCAUACACAUGCACUCAGUGUGAGAAGAGUUUUAGCCGAUCAUCAGCCCUUAAACGACACAUGAUAAUCCACACUGGAGAAAAACCAUUCCCAUGCACUCAGUGUGGGAAGAGUUUCAGCUACUCAGCAAACCUUAAACUACACACAAGGAUCCACACUGGAGAGAAAUUAUUCACAUGCACUCAGUGUGGGAAGAGGUUCUACCAACUGGCACACUUUAAUCUACACAUGAGGAGCCACACUGGAGAGAAACCAUACACAUGCACUCAAUGUGGGAAAAGUUUCAGCCACACAUCAAACCUUCAUAAACACUGGAGGAUCCACACUGGAGAGAAACCAUACACAUGUACUCAGUGUGGGAAGAGUUUCGGCCACCCAUCACACCUUAAUAAACACUGGAGGAUCCACACCGGAGAGAGACCAUUCCCAUGCACUCAGUGUGGAAAGAGUUUCAGGCGACCAUCAGUCCUUAAUAAACACAUGAAGAUCCACACUGGUGCAAGAGAGUAUAUAUGCUUUGAUUACCUAAUUGAAGAGUAUGAGGAGAUUAAAGAGGAGGAACAUCAUGUCAAAAUUGAGGAAAAAAGUCAUUUACAGACUGAUGGUAUUUUCAAAAGAAGAAACAAGAAUAGUUUCAUCUGCACUCAGUGUGGAAAGAGUUUUGGAAGAAAAAGCAGCCUUAAGAUUCACAUGAUGAUCCACACUGGAGAGAAACCAUUCACAUGCACUCAGUGUGGCAAGAAUUUUAGGCAAUCAUCAGACCUUAAUCAACACAUUAGGAUCCACACUAGAGAGAAGCCAUUCACAUGCACUCAGUGUGGGAGGAGUUUUAGCCACUCAUCAAACCUUAAUAUACACAUGAUGACCCACACUGGAGAUAAACCAUUCACAUGCACUCAUUGCGGAAAGAGUUUCUGCCAAUUAUCACACUUUAAUAUACACCUGAGGACCCACACUGGAGAGAGACCCUACACAUGCACUCAGUGUGGGAAGAGUUUCAGCUGCUCAUCACACCUUAAUCAACACAUGAAGAUCCACACUGGAGAGAAACCAUACACAGUUCACACUGUGAAAAGAAAUUCAGAGACUUGCGAACCCUAAAAAAACAUGAAAGGAUUCACACUGUAGAGCAGUGGUGCCCAAACUUUUAAGUAUAAAGGGCCAAAAACCACAUAUUAUUGAGAGCUGUGGGCCGAAGGUAAAUAUACCAAACUAUAUUACAUUAGUUGCCAUGGGUAAUUUCCUAAUUCAUAAUAUUUCAAAAUAAGAAGAAACCAUUACUUUAAGUCAUGCUAACUAAUGCAGUAUAACUUUUUAAAUGAUAACUCCUUGCAAUAAAACCAAACAGUCACAUUUAUAACACUGUGGUGAAUGCUGAAUACACUCCUGCAGAAUCUGCCUUUAACACGUGCAACCAAACGUGCCUACUGACAAAUUUUGCCAAAAGAGCAAAAUGAAAGGAACGAAAGGAAGGAUAUUAUAUGCCACAGUUUGAAACGGCUGAGUGACGGUGUACUGUUUUCCAACACUUCGACACCCCUGCAUUGCAGUAAGCAGGGUUGUAAAUGUGUUGAUGUGAUGGCGGCUGAGAGAACAGUUUCAUAAACCUCUGGUAAACAGCACAACUGCGGCACGUCUCUUCUUUACAGUGUUUCAUAAUUGCUGAGGACAGACACUGAAUGAUGCAGAUAUGUACAAACUCAUAGAGAAGAUAUGAAGUGACGAGGUGGGCUUCUGGUCUGGUGUGUGCUCCUCUCUUAGUCUUUAAAAUCUUACUGUAAGGCUAGUGUUGUUAUGGAUUAUGUUCUCUGUCUGUCCAUGGCCUCCGGCUGGGAGGUGCUGUAUUUUUUUUUUUAUCACUGCCACAUCACACUCUGCAACAACCCAUCCCAGUGAAUCCUGAAUGUCCAUGUCCCAUGAAUCCAAAAGAACAACAUCAUCUGCAAAUAGCAGAGAUGAAAUCCUCCGGUCCUCCUUCUUAAAAAUAGGAACCACCAGCUCAGUUGCCCUGUCUAGAGGUACUGUAUCCUAACUCAACAUAGAAGCAUGUUAGCCAAGACAGCCCUACAACUUCCAGAGACUUGAGCUACAUAGGGUGGAUAUCAUCCACCUCCGCUGCUUUGCCUCUUUUCUGUUUGAAAAUAUGUAAAAAUGCAAUUUUAUUUGAGCUCAUUCUUCAGUUUUUUUUGUCACCUGAGAAUUACAGACUUUAAAAUGUGGCGACUGACCAAUCAGAAUCAAGUAUUCCAGACAGCCGUGUAAUAAUCCCAGAUAACAACCACAGAAACUAAUAGUCACUGAUCACAUCAAUAUGCAUAACACAUUCACAUCUGUCAAGCUGCUGUUUUAACCGUUUGGCUCCAUCUUGUGUCUGAAUAAUAUGUAGGUUAGCAUAUGCUCCAUUCAGAAAUGUUGGUUUCUGUUAGCUUUGUCUUUUUAAUAAAGAUCUUACACUAUACUCA